GUGCUGGGAUUAAAGACGUGCACCACCUUGAAAAAUCCAGGCUGAAGCUAAGCGUGAUAAGGUGGACUGGAGAAGGGACACAGGAGGGACAGGGAUACAGCAGUGGACAGCUGGGACCAAGGGAAAACCCCUGUUGAGCUCAUCUAGAGACAUAGUCAGCCCUGGUUUCCAUGCCGCUGAGAGGCUGGGGAAGAGGAACCUCCGAGGAGAAGUGGAAAGUCUAACUCUCCAGAGGAGCAAUUAGGGUGUGGAUUGGGCUGUGCACCAUCAGGGAGUGAAGGAGCCUACUAGAACAGGGACUGUGGAGCCAAGGACUGGGAUGUCUCAGCUAACAGCUGUGCCUUCCCAGCCUGCGAGACCAAGAAAGCCUCAUUGCCUAUCCUUCCUGGCUACCAGAUCAAGGCCAGCUAGGGCGGAGACCUGGAGAGGUCUAAUGUCAGGAACCUGGGUUCCUUCACACAGGCUGGCCUAGUCUGGCCCCAGAGGAGUCCCACUAGCCAGCAGGACUCUAGGAAGGGCAUGUUUGUGGAGCCGGGCCACCCCCACUUUACCAGGCUACAGUAGCCUGGUGGCUGGAGAGUGCAGCCCAGAGUUGGUCACUGCUACUGGUUCUGAGUAACUCAAGUCUCAUGCCCUCCAAUUCCACUAGCUGAGGACCGCAGGAAAGCUCUUCACUCCCCACCCCAGUACUCCUCCCCUCUCCACUUCAUCCUCCACUCCGGGGAAGAACCUUUCCACGGGGGCUCUGAUUCAGCACUGCUGAGACAAAACACUCCUACAGCUUCCCCUUUCCGCCUGGUCUCCAGCAGCUCCUCCCCCAGGCCACUGCGUGAGCCCAGUUCAUCCAGCUCUCAAGAUGCCAGGGAUAGCAGGGCCUGGCCUAAGGCCACUUUUGCGGAAUGCUCCGGACUAUCCCUGCUCCUUAUACUUGGCCUGGCCCUGGCCAAAGUCUCUGGGUGUCCCACCGCUGCCUCCGGUUCCACUUUCUAGGAUUCAUCCUGGGCUCCAGGCAGGGUGUUUCAGAGCUAAUUGCAAUGACGAAACGUUCUGGUGGGCUCUAAUAAGGAAGCCCUGGGGUUACACAGUUGCCAAAGUGCACUUUAGGGGUAGGCGUAUCCAGCGGGCAGAAGCUCCACGCUCUGGGCAACCCUAAAAGGCGGCACGCAGACAAACCGCUGGCGAGGAGAGGACUUUUAUUUUGCACACUGCUCGGAUCUCUUAGGCAACGCGCAAGUAUGCACAGAAGACCACAGGCAUGAAGACGCCAGCCAGGAAGCAUCCUCUGGGAGCGCGCAAAGGACAGAGCAGUCUCCCAGCAAUCUCUGCGUUGUUGGCGUCAUCAAAGACGCGCCGGAAGUGUGGCUGCCGCUGCGGAGCCACGUGUGGAGCAGAGAGCCGGUGUAAACUGGGUCUCUGACACUUGGCAGAUGUUAACACCAUGAGCUUCGUGGCAUACGAGGAGCUGAUCAAGGAAGGCGACACAGCCAUCCUGUCACUGGGCCAUGGCUCGAUGAUGGCAGUGCGUGUGCAGCGUGGGGCACAGACCCAGACCCGGCAUGGCGUCCUGCGGCACUCAGUGGACCUCAUUGGCCGCCCAUUUGGCUCCAAGGUGAUCUGCAGCAGAGGCGGCUGGGUGUAUGUGCUUCACCCCACUCCUGAGCUCUGGACUGUGAACCUGCCCCACCGCACUCAGAUCCUCUACUCCACCGACAUUGCCUUACUCACCAUGAUGCUGGAGCUGCGACCCGGUUCUGUGGUCUGUGAGUCAGGCACGGGCAGCGGCUCUGUCUCCCAUGCCAUCAUCCGCAGCAUCGCCCCCACUGGCCACCUACACACAGUGGAGUUCCACCAGCAGCGGGCCGAUAAGGCCCGGGAGGAGUUCCAGGAGCAUCGCGUGAGCCAGUGGGUGACUGUGCACACCCAGGAUGUGUGCCGCAGUGGCUUUGGUGUCACCCAUGUGGCCGAUGCUGUCUUCUUGGAUAUCCCAUCACCCUGGGAAGCUGUGGGCCAUGCCUGGGAUGCCCUCAAGGUUGAAGGUGGGCGCUUCUGCUCCUUCUCUCCGUGCAUCGAGCAGGUACAGCGCACGUGCCAGGCACUGGCGGUCCGAGGCUUCACCGAGCUCAGCACCCUGGAGGUGCUGCCACAGGUCUACAAUGUGCGCACCAUCAGUCUACCCUCGCCUGACCUGGGAGCCAGUGACUCAGAGGUCAGCGCGGGCUCCGAUGCCAGCCCCUUCCGUAGUGGCACACCCAUGAAGGAGACUGUGGGCCACACUGGCUACCUGACUUUCGCCACCAAGACUCCAGGCUAGCAGGCCUGGGCAGGAAUACCACGAGCAAGCAAGGAGGCCACAGGCUGCCUUAUAUGGUCAGCCACUGCCUGUGAGGCUUGUGUUUAGAAAUAGUUGGCAGGGUUGGGGGGCAGGGGCCUCCUGGGUAGUUGAGGGGGGGUGAGUAGGCUGGCCCUGUUCAAGAGGGAGGCAUUGCCGUCUGAGAGGGAAGCCUCCGCCCCAUCACUGCUCCCCACAGGCUCUCUGUUGUCAACAUGAAGUCCCCUCUGCCAGAGGCUCUCCUGGUUGCUGAGACCAGAUGGUACAAGCUGACGGCGGAGGAAGCCCUGGGCACUGCUUGAAGCCUGGACUGACCUACAGGGACAGUGAACUGUCCCUUCCCUGGUAAAGGCUCCAACCACUGGUGGUCCAGAGCUUAGCCACAAGCUGUGGUUGAGCUAACCCAGAAAGCCUGGCCCUGCCUUUAUCUCCUCUGUAUCCCUGGGGCUGGAGCCAGGCUGGCCUGGGGAUCCAAGGAGGUGACCCCAUAGUCUUGAGUGCUGUGUGGGCCAUGUGUGAGCGCACUUGUGCCCAGGAUUCCUGAUGUGCUGUCCUCUGGGACUAGGCUCGUCCUGUGCUAAGGGAGUCCAGUAGGCGGGUCUACGCCUCCAGUGAUCUCUCAAGCCCAUGUUGGAGCUAGGGUCAGAGAGGGGCCAUGGAAGAGGUGGCGCAUGGCCUAGGAGCUCUGGCUGUGGCCCUGCUGCACAUGUCACCUUGGGGCUGCCCUGCGUCUGCUGCUGAUGCAUGGAACCAGCCUUUGGGAGAAUUGUCUGUGUCCUGUUGGCCCCUGAGCAUACCUAGUGGAGCAAUAAAUGUUCUGUCUUAUCCCCUA